UGUUCGACCCGUAUGUUAAUUAGGUUUUUCUGCGGGGGAAAGGAGGAACUUUCCGGCAACCGGGUUUGCUUUACGGCCGGCCGUGGAAACUGGAGUGAGGAGAAUGAGGCCCGAGACAGGCCUUGGAAUUUCUCUUGCUUCUGUGACAUUACCUGCCUAGAAUGGACCCUGUUGUUCUGAGUUACAUGGACAGUUUGCUGAGGCGGUCGGAUGUCUUGCUGCUGGACCCUCCCUGCUGGCUUAAUGAUCACAUCAUUGGCUUUGCCUUUGAGUACUUUGCCUGUGAUCAGUUCCAAGACUUUGCUGAUCAGGUCUGUUUCAUUAGCCCCGAGGUGGCUCAGUUCAUCAAGUGCAGCCCCAGCCAGGAGGAGUUGGCUCUGUUCCUUGAACCACUGAACCUCCAUAAAAGGAAAAUUGUUUUCCUGGCCAUUAAUGACAACUCCAACCAGGCUGCUGGUGGCACCCACUGGAGCCUACUGGUUUACUUCCAGGGGAAAAACAGUUUUGCCCACUAUGAUUCCCAUACCAGGAGCAACUCUGCCCAUGCCAGACGGGUUGCGGCGAAACUGGAGCCCUUUCUUGGCAAAAGAGGCCAGAUUGCCUUUGUAGAAGAGAAAGCCCCCGCCCAGCAGAACAGCUAUGACUGUGGGAUGUACGUCAUCUGCAACACGGAAGUCCUGUGCAAAGAAUUCUUCCAGGGACAAGAGGAGCCCAUGUUGCAGCUCCUUACUCCUUCAUAUAUAACAAGCAAGAGAGAAGAAUGGAAGAAACUCAUUGCAAAGCUCGCUCAGAAGUGACCUGCCAACCUCUCAAGUGUUGCUUACUCAUAUUCUUGUCUUGCUCUCUGUGCCUGGGGGGGGGGGGGGGGGG